CACUCCGAGGCUCCUGGGAGAACAGGCUAGUUAGCUAGCUAGCUAACCAUUAGCUCGCUAGCCCCAGCACUCCGGGCGACGGUGGCUGCCAUAGCAACGGUUUAGGAAACAUUGGCUGUGGGGGCUAGCUAGCUUGGAUAGCUCAGGCUAACGGUGGUUUGUUAUGCUAGCCUCAAGCAAGCCGUCGUGGGGACACCAGUGUCCAUCUUAAUGUCAACCCCGCAAUAUACUGCUUGAACUAGUAUGGAUGUUGAUGACUGCAAUGGCCGGACUUAUAUAUCAGCAGGUAGUGGAGACUCUUCAAUGGAGAGGGAGUUUUCUGGGGCCCUUGGAGGUCCAACAGUGAGCACCCCAAACAGCAAGGAGACCUCUCCUAGUCGCUCCCUCAGUGUCAACUCCAUUAAAGUGGAAUUGUACAGUGAUGAAGACCCAGGUCGCAGUACUGAAGAUGAAAGAGGGGAGAGGGUGGAAGAAGGAGGGUCAGAGCAGGGAUCUGAGGCGGUCGGAGGCUACAGGGAGCUCACCAAUCCGGAAACCAUACCGUCGGGAGCCACCAGGCUGCCAAAUGGAAAGCUCAAGUGUGACGUCUGUGGAAUGAUCUGCAUUGGGCCGAAUGUUCUCAUGGUGCACAAACGCAGCCAUACAGGUGAGCGACCAUUCCAGUGCAAUCAGUGUGGCGCCUCCUUCACCCAAAAGGGUAACCUACUCCGACACAUCAAGCUGCACUCAGGCGAGAAGCCCUUUAAAUGUCCCUUCUGCAGCUAUGCCUGUCGAAGAAGAGAUGCACUAACUGGCCACCUUCGCACUCAUGCAGUGUCCUCUCCAACCGUAGGGAAGCCGUAUAAGUGCAGUUAUUGUGGCCGUAGUUACAAACAGCAGAGCACCCUAGAGGAACAUCGAGAGCGUUGCCACAGCUACUUACAGAGUCUGGAGUCAAAGCAGCCAUCCAGUGCUCUGAAUCCAGGAGAGGAGAUGAGAGAGCUAGAGUUUAUACAGGACUCUCUUCUGCAACCCUCUGCAGACAAGAUGGCAUUUAUUGAUCGGCUCGCAAACAGCAUCACCAAACGCAAGAGAUCCACACCACAAAAAUUUGUAGGACAGAAGCACAUACGACUCAACCUUGGAGAUGCACCUUAUGAGCUCAGUGCUGGUUUGGAUAAAGAUGGGGAGAUGCACGCAGGAGAGCUUGAAGCUCCGCACUUUACUGGGCUGGGAGGAGAGUACGCCGGCAUUGCAGGUAAUGGAGAAGGAGUUUCAGACACUCUGAGGCCUUUACACCUUCCCACCACUCACCCGUCAUGUCUGCCGGAACUCAGGCCGAUCCACGGCUCCUCUCACGUCCCUGUCGCUCUAGGUCCGAGGCUGGAUUGUACAGGGACGGGAACUGGGCGGGGGGCGGCAGGUGUGGGGGGAAGGGAGGCCGCAGAGGGUCACGAAGACCUGCCUGUCGGUCGAAGUCAUGCGCCCUCGCCUAGCAACGGAUGCCAGGACUCUACAGACACAGAGAGUAUGACCGAUGAGCAGUGCAACAGUACUGCUCCAAUCCCAACCCUGCACAGUAACAAUGGCCAUCAUCUCCUCUACUCGAACAACCACAACCCAGUGCCUCCUCCCAUUGCACACCACAGGAGUCGGGACAGACACAGCCCCAGCCACGCCAAAGAAAGGGAGGUGGAAAGACAGGCUGGAGGCCACUCAGCCCCCCCGCCUCCUGCCCUCGCUCCGACUCCCAGCUCACCUACAGCGCCCUCCUCGACCUCCAGGGAGGCUUUUCGGGUGGUGGACAGCGAAGGGCGGGCUGUGCGCUAUUUCCGUUGCGAGCACUGCCGUGUGCUUUUCCUGGACCAUGUCAUGUUUACUAUCCAUAUGGGCUGCCACGGUUUUCGCCAGCCUUUCGAGUGUAACAUCUGUGGCCACCGCAGUCAGGACCGCUACGAAUUUUCUUCUCACAUCGUCCGCGGAGAACACAUCCUUGAAUGAGGAUGAAGGGUUAACGACUUGCUUCCCCCUAAAGCUAUUUUUACACUGAGACAAGGACCUGGCUGGGUUUGGUCUGCACACACGAUAAAGGCACUGAUGAUGUGAAGACGCACUGGUACAGUAAGUAUGUACCAGCAGGAGAAACUCCACAUGCAUGUUUCUAAAUUACAAUAGUUACCCUUAUCAUUAUCAAUGCAUUUCAAACAUUAUCUAUUGAAAAUGCACUUUAAAUUACUUGUAUUCUAAAGUAGCUAAAGGGCCGAUGCACUUUUCUCACCCACAGAUGUGCCUUGCUCCAAACUUCAAACCUGUUGCACAAAUUCUAGUAGUCAAAUAAGACUUUAUCCAUAACAUGAAAACUUAAUCUUCUUGUGCACUUUAACAGAAAUAUCAUGUAAGAAGAACAAUGUGAAGUUGAUGGGCUCACCUACAGAGGAAUCAGAUUUGAACACCUUGUUCUCAAAGCACUUUCAGUGAAAUGAGUCCCUAGCAAUUGUUAUUUAUCCUGUUUUUUUUUCCUCUUCAAUUUGGAGUAAAUCGUGUAAAAUGAAUCGCUUUUUCAAAUGCAAACUCAAGUGCAGACCAAACUCAAACACCAGGUCCAAGCGAAUGGAUGUGUUUUGAGGAGUUGUCCAUGAUUUAGCAAUGCACUUUUGUUUUUGAUGGGAUUUUGUGUGUGUUUGUGUGUGUGUGUGAGUGACAGUGAGUGACAACAAGGACCCCUGUGUGUUUUUUGGAAGUAAGCUGAACAAGUAAGUGAAUAAUGAAGGCCUUUAUUUGUGUGGAUGCCGACUGGGGCUGUGUAUGAAAUGUUUAGUUUCUUCUUUUCCAUGACUGCUUUCGUUGCACUGAUACCUGCCAGAAUAUUCUGAUCAUAUUAAACUAUUUUGUAGAAUACAUUACCGACCUGCACAUUUCUCUCAAAAUUGAGAAAAACUGAUGGAAGGUUUCUCUCACUAGGAAAGGACUAUCACUGCCACAACUUUAGAGAUUACUCAGAGGUUACAGGAUCUUCACAAGUCCCCCAAGUAUUCCUUGGCAUCACUCCAUCAAACUGCAAACCAACAUUUAUCUUUUUAUUUUUCAUUCAAACAUGAAUUUGUUGUUACUAUCUUAUUAUAUUGUGCCUUUCUUCACCCUGAUCACACCCUGUUGACCAGACUGAAAGACCGGAGCUACCAAAUCUUAUCUGGAAACCGGUUAUUGUGUGAUGAUGAGUUUUAAAAUGAUUUAACUGCUCAAUAGAUUGACUUUCAGACGGUAAAGUAUCUGACUUUUGUCUUUGCACACAAUUAUCCUAUUCAGAUGUGCUUGAUUUUGAUCAGUGCUGGAAAAGAUGAAGAACCACUUCUGCUUUUUUAUCAAAGACUAACUGUACCUGACAUUAGGCUCAUGCUGCUAUGACACAAAUGAGUACACUGUAGCAGUUUACUCCAUCCUCACAGGUUAAAUCCAAAAAUGGUUUAUUUCCUUUGAGCACAAGUCACUCCACAGAGUUACCAAGGCAACAAAUGAUCCUGUCUUGGUAAAAAAAAAAAAAUUCCGAAACGAAAAGAGAACACAGUCGGCCUGUGCUUCUGUUUACAUGUUAAAGUAACAGAGAUUGUUGUUUUAGCCUCAUUUUAUUAAUAUUUCACUUAACUUACUUUAAGCACAAUAAAUUGUACACGUCCAGCAGGCAAUAUUUUAAAGAUUACAGACUAGGAUGCAAAAAUGAAUCCCAGUUAGUGUUGAUAAACAGGACUGUUGUUUUGAUAAUGAGAUUGAUCUCCAAGUGUCCUGAAAUGAUCUCUUAAGAAAGUUUUAGACAGGCUGAAUUUUCCUGUGUUCAUUGAUUUUAAUAAGGUUGAAACUUAUCAAAAUCAUCAGCCGACCUGAGUUCUUAUGUGAUCCAGAAAAUAGGUUAUUGGACUGAAUUUCCUCUAUAAAUUAAUCAGAACUGAUGUUUAGACUUUAUUUAAUGAAAUACAUCUUUUCAGCAUCUAUAAAUGCAAUUUUGCUUUUCAGAAAUCUUUUUCAGCCUAAACGGGAACCACUGAACCUCUAAAGGCUGGAAAUGGUUCUGUCAUGUACUGAGUUGAGUUGUUUGGAUUUUCAUAUUUCUAAGUAGUGGCAAUGUGCAGAAACUCCCAAAUAUAGUUUUUUGAGAACAUUUUUUUUCCUGCAUAGCACCAAAUAACGGUUCCCUCGUGGCUGAGGCAAAGAACCACUGCCUCCACCUGUUAAGCACUUUUCCCUGUUAGAGUGGCGAAAUGCAAAGUAUUAAUUAUGGAGAAGUGACAGAUCUUUUUGGGGGUUUUCGUUGCUCUGUAAGAAAAACAAUGUCGAUUUGUUCAAAUGAUCUUCUCCCUUUUAGCAGAAAAAUAUUAAAUGAUAAUUUGGUGUUUUCCAGUUUUUUUUAAAUGUUACAAGUUGUAAAGUAAAGUUAAAUCGGUUUGACGGAUGUUUACAAUUUUUUUGUUGUAUAUUGCUGUAUGAGAUUGAAGGAGAAAGAGUCACUUGUUGACACAAUGAAUUGUGAUUUUGUGACAGUAUAUCAACACAGGAACCUAAACAGGUGGUUAUAAUGCUUUUCUAAAGUUAGAAUCAAAUUUGAAAUCAGAUUAUCUUGCCUUAAUAUGUGAAUACAGACUGUUUGGUCAUGUGAGGGCCAUGGACGCAUUGUAUCCCAGAAUCCUGAAAUGUUGUUUUCUGUAACCUGACCUGGAUUUAAUGUUAAUGAUCUGUCACCAAAGUUAUCAUUGCAAAUUACUGGUGUAGUUUACAUGAGUGGAAAUGCUUUGAUUGAUUACCUACAUCUUAUACCCUUGUUUUACUAUGUGAAGUCCUCAAGAUUUAUUUGAACGUGAAGGCUCAUUCCUUUGUGUUUUUUUGGACACUGAAGAAGAGUUUAAGAUUAAAAGAUGAAUAUGAGACAAGAGUUCAGAAUUUCAAUUUUUACUUCCUGGUAAUUACAUAUAGAUGAGUUUCCAAUCUUAGGAUAUUGAACCUUUAUCAGUCCGCCCAGUUUAAAUGAGCUAAAGUAACAGUCUAAAUGCAUCAAGCCUGUGACCUGUUCAUAGCAUCAAACUAUGUGGGGUUAGGGGGUUUCCUUUCCCCUUCCUCUGCUUCUAAUGGCUUGCUUUUCUCCCAUGAACAACUGUUAAUGUUGGUUUCACCUUUUUAACCACAGAUGUCUUCACAUGUGAAUCUCAAGACUGAAAGAGUAGACAUACAAUUUUUAAACAAUCAAUAUUAAGAGCAACUCAACUUGUUCAAUCACUUUUGUACACAUGAAAAAAGGGUUGCAGUUGGAAAAACCAGGAAACCAAAGAUGAUACUGAACUUUAAGUCUCAUCUUUUAAUCUUAAAAACAAAGGAUGGGCCUUUCCAUUACUUUGAUGAGGCUGUAUAUUCUGAUUCAGGAAAAAAAACCUCAAAAAUAAAAGGCCCAUGUGCGGUCCUUUGGUUUGUGUAAUUAGUGUGUAGUAGACUUUGGCUGUUGUGCCUUUGGCAUUUUCUGUACUUAAUUUCUUCCUUUACUGUUGAAUUUCGUUUGAAGUAAUUUAUCAAGUUUAUUUUGUCGAUCCAGUGCUGCACAUUACAAAAACACCUGACAAUUAUGGUCAUAUUUAGAACUAUUUUUCACCCCCUGUAGUUUCCCUGAAACCUCCAGUGAUUGACCCAGGCCAGAACAAAGUGUUUUGAUUUUAACAACCAGGCUAAAAGCCAAAGAUGAGAAGCCACCUAUACACCUGAACCAAGAGCCAUGAUUGUGAAUUUUAGAGCUACAAAUGCUGUAGAAUUAUACAUUUGGUCCCUUGUCCAUGACUUGAUAAUUCAUUGUACAAUUUUUUGAAGUCGCAAUUUCAGCACAGUAAAUUCAAAUCCACUUUAUAUAAGUUGUGCGUUUGGACAGUGUUUAGAUAUAUUUGUGUGUGCUACACUGGCCAGUUAUGUGCUUCUGAACCUGAUGCAUGUGGUACCAAUGUUGUUUGCUCCUGAGCCUUCACCAGUCUCCUCUGUUGCAUUCUGAAGGACAACCAAAUAAUCUGCUCCAAUUCAAGACUAUUCUAAAGAAAAUAAACUGCUAGUUUUGUGGUAUUCGUUUUCCCCGUUGCACUAUUUACUCCCCCUGGUUUAGUCUUUAACAUUUCCCUCCUGUAAAUGGUCCGAUAUUGCUUUAAGUAACUGCAGAGCCUUUUCAAUUGUAUCAUAUGUAAUUAUGCAUUUGCAGAAUUUGAUCUUAAACCACUGUAAGUUUUGUACUGUAAGAGUCUAUUCCAAAUAAAAUACUUGACAGGC